CGGCUGCUCCGUCCUGCGCCGCUUCGCCUCCAGUUGGGGGAGAAUUUCCAAAGCGGAAAGCCGGAUUGCAGUGAGUGAGUGGCUCGGACUCGCCAGGCGGGUGCAAGCGCUGCAGCAGCAGCAGCUCCGCUUCUGAAGACUGUUGAGGCGGCGCCUGCUUUUGCAGAUCCACCUCCCCCCCCACCUUUUUGGGCAGGGAGCUGCGACAGCGGCUGUUUUUGGAAACUUUGCAAAGCCGGGAUCUCCAGGCGCCGACCGCGGCCUUUUGCCGGCAGAGAUGAAGCCCGGCCUGGCGGUGCCCUGUGCCUGGAUCGCGGCGGUGGCGCUGCUGGACUACCUCGCCCUGCGCUUGGCGGGGCUGGCGCUCCAGCCGCCCUGGGGGAGCCCCCUGGUGCGCUGCUGGGCCGCCGCCCUGGUGCGCUGCCCGGUGCUGACCCUCUCGGCUUAUGCCCUCGGCUGCCGUGGCGGGCACGGGCUCCCCGGGGCGCUGCGAGAUGCCCUGAUGCCCGCGGCGCUCCUCCUCAGCUUCCUGGUGCCUUCCUUUGCCACCCUGCAGUACCUGCUCCUGCCCAACGGGGGCGCCUCGGAGCUGGCGCACACCUGGGGCCGGGCGGACGUCUUCGCCCUGAGCUACCUCGUCGUGGGCGCCGCUGCCUGCCUGUGGCAUCUCCAGGAGCCCCCCAGCCCAGGAGGGGGCGGGAAGGGACCCUCGGCGUCCUUUGGGCGCCUCCUCUCCUGCAUGAGGCCGGAUGUGCUGCGGUUCGUGGCCAUGGGUGGUCUCAUGGUGGUCUCCUCUUUGGGGGAGAUGGCCGUUCCCUACUACACAGGACGCAUGACUGACUGGAUCGUGACCAAGGGCGACUCUUCUGUCUUUGAGAAAGCACUUUGGAUGAUGUUUCUCCUCACGGUGGGCAGUGCCGUGACUGAGUUUCUCUGCGACUGCCUCUACAAUGCCACCAUGAACCGGCUCCACACCCGCCUCCAGAGCACCACCUUCAGCUCCAUCCUGCGCCAGGAAAUCGGGUUCUUCCACACUAACCGCACAGGAGACAUCACGUCCCGCAUCACCUCGGACACGGAGAGCGUGAGCGAAGCCCUUUCGGGGGACCUGAGCCUGCUGAUGUGGUACCUGAUGCGGGGGAUCUUCCUCUACGCCACGAUGCUGUGGGUCUCCCUGCCCCUGGCCCUGGUUGUCACCGUGGGGCUGCCCUUCAUCCUCCUCCUGCCAAAGUUCUUUGGGAAAUUUCACCAGAACUUGGCGCGUCAGGUCCAGGAGUCCUUGGCCAAGGCCAAUGAAGUGGCGCUGGAGACCUUCCAGGCCAUCUCCACCGUCCGCAGCUUUGCAAACGAGGAGGGGACGGCCCGGCGCUACGAGGAGAAGCUGCAGGGGACCUACCAGCUCAACAAGUGGGAGGCUGCGGCCUACGCCACCUCCUUGUGGACUAGCAGCAUCUCGGGAUUGGCUCUCAAAGUGGGGAUUCUGUACUACGGGGGCCACCUGGUCACGCUGGGGGGGGUGAGCAGCGGAGAUCUGGUGACCUUUGUCCUCUACGAGAUGGAGUUCUCCUCAGUGGUGCGGGCCCUCCUCUUUUCUUACCCGAAUGUGCAAAAAGCAGUCGGAUCAUCUGAGAAGAUUUUCGAAUACAUGGACCGGACGCCCCGGAUCGCCCCCUCGGGGACCCUGGCACCCCCAGAACUCGGAGGACACGUCCUCCUGCAGGACGUCUGGUUUUCCUAUCCGGACCGGGAUGAUGCUCUGGUGCUGAAGGGGGUGACCCUGGAGCUGCGCCCCGGCACAGUGACGGCGCUGGUUGGCCCUUCGGGGUCCGGGAAGAGCACCGUGGUGGCCCUGCUGGUGCGGUUCUACGAUCCGGAGCGAGGACGGGUGACGCUGGACGGGAGAGACCUGCGGGAGUAUGAGCAUCGCUUCCUGCAUGGGAAGGUGGCGCUGGUGAGCCAGAGUCCAGUGCUGUUUGCGCGAUCGCUGCACGGGAACAUUGCUUACGGACUGGGAGAGCGGAGUCCGGAGGAGGUGAGGCAGGCGGCCCAGCGAGCCGGGACGCACCGAUUCAUUGAGGGACUGAGCCGCGGCUACAACACAGAUGCCGGUGAAACGGGGAGCCAGAUCUCGGGGGGGCAGAGGCAGGGGGUCGCCAUUGCCCGGGCCCUGAUCCGAGACCCCAGGGUGCUGAUCUUGGAUGACGCCACCAGUGCUCUCGACAUGGAGAGCCAGCAGCAGGUGGAGAAGGAAAUCUAUGAGGGCCCGGCUUGCCCCCGGCGCUCCGUCCUCCUGAUCUCCCACCGCCUCCGCACGGUGGAACAGGCCGACCGCAUCCUGGUGAUGGAAGACGGGCAGAUCCAGGAGGAGGGGACCCACCAGCAGCUCCUGAGGAAGAGGGGCGCCUACUGGCAGCUGCUGCAGACGCAGCAGAACGGGGCGGAGGGGCAGCGCCCGGAGUCCGGAGAGUGGGCGUCCGUGGCCGAGGCGCUCUCCCCUUCCCUCCGGAGCGGCGGGAUGGCGCUGCAGGACGUGUGCGGGCUGGCCGGGGCGGACUGGGGCAGGGGAGCGCCCGGAGGGUCUUCUUGGGCCGCCACCGCGGUGCAGCCGGGCGGCCUGGCGCAUUACUCCUUCGGGGCGCGGGAGGCGCGCAUCGCCGUGCCCCGGGGCAGGCAGCCCUCUGAGUUCCUGCAGUCCCUCGGCGAGGGCAGCGGAGACGGGCACCGGCUCGAGCUGGCCCACGGCACCACCACCCUGGCCUUCACUUUCCAGCACGGAGUCAUCGUGGCCACCGACUCCCGGGCUUCGGCCGGCAGCUAUAUCGACACUCUGCUCUUCAACAAAGUGAUCGAGAUCAACCCCUACCUCCUGGGCACCAUGUCCGGAAGCGCGGCCGAUUGCCAGUACUGGGAGCGGCUCCUGGCCAAGCACUGCAGGCUCUAUUACCUGCGCAACAAGGAACGGAUCAGCGUCUCGGCGGCCUCCAAGCUCUUGGCCAAUAUGCUGUACGAGUACCGGGGGAUGGGCCUUUCUGUAGGCAGCAUGCUUUGCGGCUGGGACAAAAAGGGACCAGGCCUUUACUACAUAGACGACAACGGGGUACGCCUGUCAGGCCCCCUCUUUUCCACGGGAAGUGGAAACUCGUAUGCCUACGGGGUGCUGGACAGCGGAUACCGCCCCGACCUCAGCGUGGAAGAGGCCUACGACCUGGGCAGGCGGGCCAUCACUUAUGCCACCCACCGCGACGCCUACUCUGGAGGGGUGGUGAACAUGUAUCACAUGAAGGAAGACGGCUGGAUCCGGGUCGGACGCACCGACGUCGCUAUGCUGCUCGACCAGUACGCAGAGACGUUUCAUAUAUGGAGCGCGGGCUCCGCCUUGUGGCCCGAAGAGGAAAUGCAGCAGUCGGGGCCGUGCCGGGGCUUUCCGCUUGAAAACGAAAGUAACAAAUUCGAGACGCUCAUUCGGCAGCUCCUCUCCGGAAGACUCGGGGGUGCGGGUUCUGCCACCAUGGGCCUCUCCACUGCCUUCUGCUCGGCCGCCCUCCUGUUUUUGUGUGACGUCGCCCUCCUCUCCUUGCUAGACCUGUGGCGGCCCUCCCUGGCCCCCCUGGGGGUCCCGGCGACAUGGCUGGAGGCGGGGCUGCGUCUGGUGGCUCUCUGGGGGGUCCAGGGGCUGCUGUCUCUGGUCCGGCCCCCCCACCUCCCUUCCGCAGCCCUGGUGACCGUGUGUCUGUUGCCCGCCCUUCACUACUCAGUGGGGCACUGGCUCGGAGACCCUCCUCUCCUGCUGUCUUCAGCCCCCUGGUCCUGGCUGCUGCUGGGCUAUGGGGCAGUGGGUCUGGUCUGCAUCACUUGGGGGGCUCUGGAGCAGGGGGGCCGGAGGGGAGAAACCAAGGAAGAAGACAAGGCCACGCUGCGGAAGUUGCUGAGGCUGUUCUCUGCAGACACCCCGUACCUUGGCGGCGCAUUUAUGUUCCUCACUAUGGCAGUGAUCGCUGAAACGUACAUCCCCUACUAUACGGGCCGCGUGAUUGAUAUCUUGGGCAAGAAAUACAACUCGGAUGCCUUCUCGGACACCAUCUUCCUCGUCUGUCUGGUGUCCCUGGGCAGCUCUUUGUUUGCUGGCUGCCGUGGGGGACUCUUCAUGUUCACCAUGUCCCGGAUGAACAUCCGGGUCCGCGGCCUGCUCUUCUCUUCUCUGGUGCGGCAGGAUCUGGCCUUCUUCCACGAGGUGAAAACAGGGGACCUGACCUCCCGCCUCUCCAAAGACACGGCCAUGAUGAGCCGGUCAGUGCCAGCCAACACCAACAUCUUCCUGCGCUCCCUGAUCCAGGCCGCCUGGCUCUACGGCUUCAUGUUCAGCCUCUCGCCGCGCCUGACUCUGCUGACCCUCGUCGAGACGCCGCUCAUGAUGGCCCUCCAGAAGGUCUACGACACCCGUCACCAGGCUUUCCUGCAGAAGAUCCAGGACUCCCUGGCACGCUCCGGGGAGGUGGUGCGUGAAACACUGUCUUCCAUUAAGACGGUGCGCAGCUUUGCCACAGAGGAGGAGGAGCACAGGCGCUACGACGUGGCCCUGGCCGAGACCCGGCAGCUCAAGAACCAGCGAGAUCUGGAGCGGGCGCUGUAUCUGCUCGUCCGGCGGUUUCUCCGCCUGGCCCUUCAUCUCCUCAUCCUGUACAGCGGAUACCAGCAGAUCCAGGCAGGCCUGCUCACCAAGGGGAACCUGAUCUCCUUCAUCCUCUACCAAGGGGACGUGGGGAUGCAUGUCCAGACCCUGGUGUACAUGUACGGAGAUCUUCUGAGCAAUGUGGGGGCUGCAGAGAAGGUGUUUGAGUACCUCCAUCGAGAGCCGGCGGUCCGCACAGACGGGACGCUGGCCCCAGCAGUCCCCCGAGGCCGCGUCUCCUUCCGAAAUGUCUCCUUCUGCUAUCCGUCUCGCCCGGAUAUCCAGGUCUUAGAGAACGUCUCCUUCGAGCUCCGCCCCGGAGAGGUGACGGCGUUGGUGGGCUUGAACGGCAGCGGGAAGAGCACCUGCGUGGCCCUGCUGGAGCGCUUCUACGAGCCCCAGUCCGGGGAGAUCCUGCUGGACGGGACCCCCAUCCAGGAGUAUGAGCACAAAUACCUGCACAGCCAGGUGGCGCUGGUGAACCAGGAGCCCGUCCUCUUCUCCGGGUCCAUUCGGGACAACAUCGCCUAUGGGGUGGAAGGCUGCAGAGAGGAAGACGUCAUCAGGGCAGCGAAAGACGCCAGUGCCUUGGAGUUCAUCUGGGAGCUGGAAGGAGGGUUCGACGCAGACGUGGGUGAGAAGGGGGGCCAGAUGUCCGUGGGGCAGAAGCAGCGCCUGGCCAUCGCUCGCGCUCUCAUCCGGAACCCGAAGGUCUUGAUCCUGGACGAAGCCACGAGUGCCCUGGAUGUGGAGUGCGAAGCGGCCAUCCAGAAGUCGGUGGUCGGAGGCCGAGGCCGGGCCGUGCUGGUGAUCGCUCACCGCAUGCAGACGGUGGAGAGCGCCGACAAGAUCGUGGUGCUGGAAGGCGGGAAGGUGGUGGAGGAGGGGACCCACGAGGAGCUGAUGAGCCGGAAGGGACCCUACCACCGGCUGGUGCAGAGGAACUGGGCCCAGUGAUUGGCGAAGGAGAGGGGGGGCACCAGUUGGGUCAGCCCCAUUUGUGGCGGCAGGAUUUUGCACGGACCCUGAAAGGCGGCUUGGACAAGAAGAGCGGGUGCGGUCCUUGCGUUGUGGAGGGAUGAAACGACCAGAGAAGACUGUACAGCACCUAGCACUCCCUGGGCAGCAACGGGGUGGGGGAACUCAAACAAUUCCUCGAUGCUUAGGCGAUUUUAAGUACCCCCCCCCAGCCAAUGGCUUUUGCUUUCAUUGUUAUUGUGUUAUUAAUAUAAAUUAUUUAGGUAAACUGUAACCCAUUGUCGUGGGGUUGAAGAGAGAUGUAAAAUUUGAAUGGGUGAGGGGCAUAGAGGGUCCACUGAGAGCCAGUUUGGUGCAGUGGUUAAGUGCGCGGACUCUCAUCUGGGAGGACCGGGUUU